AUCGUUUUCGAGAUUAUUUACCUUGAUCCCUCUUUCGGCUUCUCCUCGAGUCUCCACUUCCGUCAGCUAUUAGCUCUAGAGAAGUGCAUCAAUGGCGUUGAGACUGACAUCGCUAAAACGCGCCGCGGUUGAGUCAUGCCGCAUCUUGGAAACCCGAAGCUUCAGCCACCUCGCGGCAAUGCCUCCGCCUUUUAACAGCACCAUGGAUCGACCCGUCGCUAUGCCGCCGCUGAUUUCACCUGAGUUCGAUCAGAAUCAACCGGGUUCGAUCGAUGAGAAGAGCUUCGGAUUUGGUCCUAAUUUUGCAUUCACUGGAUCCAUGGAGCUUAUGGCUGUGCCUAAGAAGAAGGUUUCUAAACACAAGAGAGGGAUAAGAAAUGGACCAAAGGCUCUUAAGCCUAUUCCUGUGAUCAUCCGUUGCAGGAGUUGCGGGCGAGUCAAGCUGCCACAUUUCUACUGUUGCAGCGGUGAGCGGGUAAACCCUAGUGAGCAAGGUAAUUAGAGCAAGUGAUGAAGAUUUCUUAUAUGAUUACUCCUUUUUGGAUAUCUAGAGGGAGAAAUCUUGGCUUUCUUAGUCGUAGACUCGAGUGAUACGAUAGACUUAGUUGACUCUUUUUUGGCAAAUUAUUUGGGUUUCUGCUGCAAGAUCUAUAUGCUCAUGGUGCUUUUGACAAAUUAAGUUAUUGUCAUUGCUUGUUGCAAAGUUUAAGUCAGCUACAUUUAUGUGCUCUUAGACUUAGAAUCAACAGCUACAUCUAUUUUAAAUAAAGAAAAUUUUUC